GUUGCUAUCAAGAUCAUAGACAAGAGCCAGCUAGAUGAAGAAAACUUGAAGAAGAUAUUCCGGGAAGUUCAAAUUAUGAAGAUGCUUUGCCACCCACAUAUCAUCAGGCUUUACCAGGUUAUGGAGACAGAACGGAUGAUUUAUCUGGUGACAGAAUAUGCUAGUGGAGGGGAAAUAUUUGACCACCUGGUGGCCCAUGGCAGGAUGGCGGAGAAGGAGGCCCGUCGGAAGUUCAAGCAGAUCGUCGCCGCUGUCUUUUUUUGUCACUGUCGGAACAUAGUUCAUCGUGAUCUAAAAGCUGAGAAUUUGCUUCUGGACGCCAAUCUGAAUAUCAAAAUAGCAGAUUUUGGCUUCAGUAACCUUUUCACUCCUGGGCAGCUGCUGAAGACCUGGUGUGGCAGUCCUCCUUAUGCUGCACCUGAACUCUUUGAAGGAAAGGAGUACGAUGGGCCCAAAGUGGACAUCUGGAGCCUUGGAGUCGUCCUCUACGUGCUGGUGUGUGGCGCCCUGCCGUUUGAUGGGAGCACACUGCAGAAUCUGCGGGCCCGAGUGCUGAGUGGGAAGUUCCGCAUCCCAUUUUUUAUGUCCACAGAGUGUGAGCACUUGAUCCGCCACAUGCUGGUGUUGGACCCGAGUAAGCGCCUCUCAAUGGAGCAGAUAUGCAAACACAAGUGGAUGAAGUUAGGGGACAACGACCCCAACUUUGACAGGUUAAUAGCUGAAUGCCGACAGAUAAAAGAAGAAAGACAGGUAGACGUUUUGAAUGAGGAUGUCCUGUUGGCCAUGGAGGACAUUGGACUGGACAGAGAGCGGACACUACAGUCAUUAAGCACAGAUGCCUAUGAUCACUAUAGUGCAAUCUACCAUCUGCUGUGCGAUCGACAUAAGAGACAUAAAACCCUGCAUGUCGGAGGACCUCCCAGCAUGCCCCGAGCCAUGGCCUUUCAAGCACCAGUCAGUAUCCAGGCGGAGCAGGCGGGUACCACUAUGAACAUCAGCGUUCCGCAGGUGCAGCUGAUCAACCCAGAGAACCAGAUUGUGGAGCCGGAUGGGACGGUGAACUUGGACAGUGAUGAGGGUGAAGAGCCUUCCCCUGAAGCAUUGGUUCGCUAUUUGUCAAUGAGGAGGCACACAGUGGGUGUGGCUGACCCCCGCAUGGAAGUUAUGGACGAUCUGCAGAAGCUCCUACCUGGCUUUCCUGGAGUCAACCCGCAGGCUCCAUUCCUUCAGGUGGCCCCUAACAUGAACUUCAUGCACAACCUGUUGCCCACGCAAAAUUUGCAACCAACUGGGCAGCUUGAGUACAAGGAGCAGUCCCUGUUACAGCCGCCUCCCCUCCAGCUGCUAAAUGGAAUGGGUCCCCUUGGCCGACGGGCUUCAGAUGGAGGAGCCAACAUCCAACUACAUGCCCAGCAGCUGCUGAAGCGCCCACGGGGACCCUCCCCACUUGUCACCAUGACACCAGCAGUGCCAGCAGUUACCCCUGUGGACGAGGAGAGCUCGGACGGGGAGCCCGAUCAGGAAGCUGUGCAGAGGUACUUGGCAAAUAGGUCCAAAAGGCAUACACUGGCCAUGACCAACCCUACGGCCGAAAUCCCACCGGACCUACAACGGCAGCUAGGACAGCAGCCUUUCCGUCCCCGGGUCUGGCCCCCUCACCUGGUACCUGAUCAGCAUCGCUCUACCUACAAGGACUCCAACACCCUGCACCUCCCUACGGAGCGGUUCUCCCCUGUGCGCCGGUUCUCAGACGGGGCUGCCAGCAUCCAGGCCUUUAAAGCCCACCUGGAAAAAAUGGGCAACAACAGCAGCAUCAAACAGUUGCAGCAGGAGUGUGAGCAGCUGCGGAAGCUGUAUGGGGGGCAGAUUGAUGAGAGAGCCCUGGAGAAGACCCAGCAGCAGCACAUGCUGUACCAGCAGGAGCAGCACCACCAGAUUCUCCAGCAGCAGAUUCAAGAUUCCAUCUGCCCUCCGCAGCCCUCCCCGCCUCUUCAGGCCGCAUGUGAAAGCCAGCCAGCCCUCCUCACCCACCAGCUGCAGAGGUUAAGGAUUCAGCCUUCAAGCCCACCCCCCAACCACCCCAACAACCACCUCUUCAGACAGCCCAGUAGCAGCCCUCCCCCGAUGAGUGUGGGCCAGCCCCAUGGUGCUGCAUCUCCCUCCCAGUUCCAGGGCUUACCCUCCCGCAGUGCAGUCUUCCCACAGCAGCCUGAGAACUGCUCUCCUCCUCCCAGCGUGGCGCUCACCUGCCUGGGCAUGCAGCAGCCCACCCAGCCACAGCAGGUGACCAUCCAAGUGCAGGAGCCUGGCAGUGUGCUCAGCAACAUGCCGGGGGCAGCUGCAGGCUCCGUGGGGCGGGGCACCUCCAUCAGCCCCAGUGCCAGUCAAAUCCAGAUGCAGCACCGUGCCAACCUGCUGGCCACCUUCAGCUACGGGCAUCGGCCCUUGUCCAAGCAGCUGAGUGCUGACAGCGCAGAAGCCCACAGCUUGAACGUGAAUCGGUUCUCCCCUGCUAACUACGACCAGGCGCAUUUACACCCUCAUCUGUUUUCGGACCAGUCCCGGGGUUCCCCCAGCAGCUACAGCCCUUCAGCAGGAGUGGGGUUCCCUCCAGCCCACGCCCUGAAAGUCCCUCCACUUGACCAAUUCCCCACCUUCCCUCCCAGUGCACAUCAGCAGCCACCUCCCUAUCCCACGUCAGCACUACAGCAGGCCCUGCUGUCCCCCACGCCGCCAGACUACACGAGACACCAGCAGGUACCCCACAUCCUCCAAGGACUGCUCUCCCCCCGGCAUUCGCUCGCAGGCCACUCGGACAUUCGGCUGCCCCCAGCAGAGUUUGCACAGCUCAUUAAGAGGCAGCAGCAGCAGCGACAGCAGCAGCAGCAGGAGUAUCAAGAACUGUUUAGGCAUAUGAACCAGGGGGAUGCUGGGAGUCUGGCUCCCAAUCUUGCAGGACAGAGUAUGACAGAGCACCAGGCUUUACCGUAUCAAAAUGCUGACUCGUAUCACCACUGCCACACCAGCCCCCAGCAUCUUCUGCAGAUCAGAGCUCAAGAAUGUAUCUCCCAGGUUUCCUCAAACAGCCCUCCCCAGGGCUACGCUCAGCAGCCAGCACUCCCGCAUCCCGAGAGCAUGGAGGAGGAGUGCUCCUGCGUGGCAACCAAGGACGUCUUUCCAGACAGGCAGAGUUCAAGUGCAUUGACCAAAGGUUGCCACGACAGCUCUCUCCUCUUGAGUACUGGUGGACCUGGGGACCCUGAGUCUUUACUAGGAACUGUGAGCCACGCACAGGAAUUGGGGAUACAUCCAUACCGACAUCAGCCAACUGCUGCAUUCAGUAGAAAUAAGGUGACCAGCCGAGAGUCUGUCAGAGGGAGCUGCGUGGAGGGAAGCUCUCCAGGACCAGCCAUGGAGCUGCCAGAUCAUAAUGAGCUUGGGUUCCCGGCACGCCCCCCGGGUGGCGAGCACCACAGGCCCCGGACGCUGCAGAGACACCACACGAUCCAGAACAGCGACGAUGCCUAUGUGCAGCUGGACGACUUGCCCGGGAUGAGCCUCGUGGCUGGGAAAGCGCUGAGUUCUGCCCGCAUGUCCGAUGCCGUCCUCAGCCAGGCCUCGCUCACGGGGAGCCAGCAGCUCCCGGGCCGGGAGGAUGAGGAAUGUGGGGAGAGGUUAGGCCAUGAGCACCUGGACCUGACUGACGGCCAGCAUUUGAGCUCUUGCUACCCAUCCACGUGUAUAACAGACAUCCUGCUCAGCUACAAGCACCCCGAGGUCUCCUUCAGCAUGGAGCAGGCCGGCGUGUAACGGGAACCCACGGUCCGUGUGCAGCUCGGGAUAGAGGGAUAGAGUGAGACUAAACCAGCAGCAUCCAGCAGCAUCGCGCCUGCCCUCUCCCCUCCAGAGCGCUUGCUCCUUCCUCCGUCGGCUCUGUCAUGUGCUGCUCCUGUGGGCUCCGAGGGCCUUUUGCCAUGUUUGCUUGUAUGACCCACUCGCCCAGGAAAUAAACAGGAAAUCACGUUCACACCUUU